AUGAGCAACUUGGAUCCCACUAUUCCUCUGCAUUUGGACAUUCCAGUGUUGAAGUCACUUCCUAAGAAUACCUCUUCCUCUGACCUUCUGAUGCCAGUUUUGUCUCCAGAAUACCCCAUUACCUUAUCUGUGAAACCAAAUAACCAGACGAUUGUCAAAUCUUGUGGAAAAUCAUCUAAGUCUAAAGCUGCACCUUACUUCUACGCAUGUCAUAUCUGUGCUGAAACCUUCAAAACCCCGACGCUUCUCCAUCGUCAUCAAUGCAAAGCUUACAACACGAAGAACAUUUGUAUCAUUUGUGACACCUACCUCCCACCCAAUCAGCCACCCAAACAUCAUCUCCACUUUGCUCAUAGUAUUGUUAAGCCAGUAGAAUGUGGAUGCUGCUCAUGGACUUUUCGGAAUAUUCACGAGAAAAACAAUCACAGAAGAUGGCUUAUCAGUGGAGUUGUCGGUGGUAAUGGGUUCACUAUUCCGGUGAUUUUGAAUGGUUCAAAACCGGGAACAUUCAUGAAAUUCUCCGAUCGAUUUGAUAAACGUGUCAGAGGACAAUUAGAGGUUUGGCAGACAGUUAAUCAUAGAAAACUCUCGGCCUCCAUGAGAUCUCCAUCAACCAUUGGAAAUUCCAAUUGGCACGGAAUGAAUGCAUUCAAGAACUUGCCAACGCUUACUGUUUUGGGGACGAUCAAUCAGAACCUCUUGAAUUCCGGAUCAAUCGCGUCUUCUCCUCCCUCGUCUUCGUCUACUGACUCAUCAGCCGAUAGCUCUCCAAUGACUCAGAAUCGAAAAUUGAACUCUUUUAUGAUGGACGAUAUUUUGAAUUAG